AAAAUAGCUCCCAUUCGCUGGGCCUGCCGGUCUCGGAGCCCCGCCGGGCCCCUCGCGGCUCUUCCUCUCCCCUCUGCACCGGGCGGACGGCUCUUCCCCGGCUCGGGGCCCGUAGCCUGCCCUUUUCGACGGCGGCCCACAGGGUUUCCAGCGUUGUUUUGGAGGCUUGGUCCCGGAGCCUGCAGGCCUGUUGGACCCGCGGCGCCGAACGCGGAGCCCCGGGCCGGUCGGGAGCCGGCACACUCCGCAGGCGCCGGCGCCGGGACCGGAAGAGGGGCAGAGCGGACACAGCCGUCAGACGGCCGGCACUGCUGGUUCAGCUUUUUCAGCCUGGAUUUUGGCUUAAUUCAACCCAAGAACGCCUUGGAAUUUCAUUUUCUUUUUUCCAAAGUCUACGAGGUGGGAACUGAAUCUCGACCCGGGUGCGUGUGCGGGUUCCCGAAGAGAACUCGCUUGGGCCAGGGCGCCGGGAGUCCCCGCAGCCGAGCGCGGAGAAAACCUCCGGGCCCAGUGCCCGGGGGACGCGCCACUCUGGGGCCCGCCGACCGCUCGCGCAGCCCGCAGGCCGGCGUGACUCCGACUGGCGCAGCGAGGCGGAAAAACGGCUGCCCUCAGCCGCGACGGUCGCCGACGGACAGCGGCACACAGGUCUCCUCUGCAGUCCAACCUGCAGCGCCACAUCCCGCCUUAAAAGGCGUUUGACAACAGUCUACAUUGUUGCACGGCAAACGGUGAUUGGUCACAGCGCUCACGGAUUCGGUCGGUAGUAAACACAGAGAGGCUCCUGGGACCGUGGAUUGGUCACCGAGCCGGCGGCCGAGUAAAUGCCUCCGCACCCCGCGCGCCGGCUGGCUGCAUUUCUGCUCGGCCCCGCCCCCGCCCCUGCUGAUUGGUUGCACCUCGGCCGGAGGGGCGGAGGGGUGGAGGAGCCGGCGAGCUCGCAUCGCGUCACUUCCGUUUGCUGUCUGCCGCCGCCGCGGUGUUCUCAGAGCGCGGCGGCGGGCGGCCUGAAGGAGCUGGGGGCCGAGAGGCGGGGUGGGCGGGGCUGGGCGGAAGCGGGAGGAAAUCCCAUCACUGAGACGCCGGCCUGGACGUUCCCGCCUCCGACACUGUCGGGUCGGGUCGGAGAAGGGUCACCACCUCCUCCAGCGACAAGGGGGGCGGAGCCCGGCGCAGGUGAGGCGACCCUGUCAGCGGGAGCGGCGGUGGCGCGCGCGCUCACGUGCGGACGGUUGCGCUGCGGGACGCGUCGGGGCGCGCGCGGCGUCCCCCAGCCGGUCUUUCUGAGGGGUAUUGUUACCCUGCGUGGCGGAGGGGCCGGGCGCGUUCUUCUGCGCAGGCGUCCCCCGUGUCCCGACGCCAGGCUGUCUCCUGCCGGCUGGGGCGGGGGCUCUGGCACCCCCGGAUCGCGGGCGGACGGCGCUGUUUCCCGGGAUGGGGCAGGAAAGGCCUCCCGGCCCAGCGCCUGGCGGGGUGAAGACAGGCCCUAUCCCGCUACGGGAUGGGGUCGGGUGGCUCCCAUGCGCCCGGCCUCGGUCUCCUUGAGCGACGAGGAUCAUGGAUUUUCCUGGACAUUUUGAACAGAUCUUCCAACAACUGAACUACCAGAGACUUCACGGCCAGCUCUGUGAUUGUGUCAUUGUAGUGGGGAAUAGACAUUUUAAAGCCCAUCGCUCUGUACUGGCAGCAUGCAGCACGCAUUUCCGAGCCCUCUUUUCAGUGGCAGAGGGAGAUCAGACCAUGAACAUGAUCCAGCUGGAUAGCGAGGUAGUGACAGCAGAGGCCUUUGCUGCCCUGAUUGACAUGAUGUACACCUCCACCCUCAUGCUGGGGGAAAGCAAUGUUAUGGAUGUCUUAUUGGCAGCCUCUCACCUGCAUUUGAACUCUGUUGUUAAGGCAUGUAAACAUUACUUAACGACAAGGACGCUGCCCAUGUCUCCCCCCAGUGAGCGCGUUCAGGAGCAGAGUGCCCGUAUGCAGCGCUCCUUUAUGCUGCAGCAGCUGGGACUCAGCAUCGUGAGCUCAGCCCUCAAUUCCAGCCAAAGUGGCGAGGAGCAGCCAGCUCCCAUGAGCUCAUCAAUGCGCGGGAACCUGGACCAGCGGACGGCCUUCCCGAUGAGACGCCUUCAUAAGCGCAAGCAGUCUGCAGAGGAGCGGGCCAGACAACGCCUCCGACCUACCAUGGAUGAGUCUGCCAUCACCGAUGUUACACCAGAGAAUGGGCCAUCAGGCGUUCAUUCUCGGGAGGAGUUCUUUUCACCAGAUUCUCUGAAAAUUGUGGAUAACCCUAAGGCUGAUGGAAUGACCGACAACCAGGAAGACAGUGCCAUCAUGUUUGACCAGUCUUUUGGUGCUCAAGAAGAUGCCCAGGUGCCUAGUCAGUCUGAUAACGCUGCUGGCAACAUGGCACAGUUGUCCAUGGCCUCUCGCGCAACUCAGGUUGAGACUAGCUUUGAGCAGGAGGCCGCAACUGAGAAAAGUGGUUUUCAGUGUGAAAAUCCUGAGGGUGGCCUUGGUGAGAAGGAGCACAUGAGAGUGGUGGUCAAAUCGGAGCCCCUGAGCUCUCCAGAGCCCCAGGAUGAAGUAAGCGAUGUGACCUCACAAGCAGAAGGGAGCGAGUCUGUGGAAGUGGAAGGAGUUGUGGUCAGCGCCGAGAAGAUAGACCUCAGCCCUGAAAGCAGCGAUCGGAGUUUUUCAGAUCCCCAGUCUAGCACUGACAGGGGAGGUGACAUCCAUAUUUUGGAAGUCACAAAUAACCUGGAACAUAAAUCCACCUUUAGCAUUUCAAGUUUUCUUAACAAGAGCAGAGGAAGUAACUUUAGUGCAAAUCAGAACAAUGAUGAUAAUAUCCCAAACACCACUAGUGACUGCCGGCUGGAGGGGGAGGCCCCUUAUUUGUUGAGUCCAGAGGCUGGGCCUGCGGUUGGGCCCUCCUCAGCCCCUGGUGCUCAUGUGGAGAACCCAUUCAGUGAGCCUGCAGAGUCCCACUUUGUUAGGCCUAUGCAGGAAGUGAUGGGCCUGCCGUGUGUGCAGACUUCAGGCUACCAAGGAGGAGAACAGUUUGGGAUGGAUUUUUCCAGGUCUGGUUUGGGCCUCCACUCCUCGUUCUCCAGGGUAAUGAUGGGCUCCCCGAGAGGAGGAGCCAGUAACUUUCCAUACUACCGCCGGAUAGCUCCCAAAAUGCCGGUUGUAACUUCUGUCAGGAGCUCACAGAUCCCAGAAAACCCAGCGAGCUCCCAGUUAAUGAUGAAUGGGGCCACGUCUUCAUUUGAAAACGGCCAUCCUUCCCAGCCCGGCCCCCCACAGUUGACUAGGGCAUCAGCUGACGUCCUGUCAAAGUGCAAGAAGGCUUUGUCUGAGCAUAACGUCUUGGUUGUGGAGGGAGCUCGCAAGUACGCCUGCAAAAUCUGCUGCAAGACUUUCCUGACCUUGACGGAUUGCAAGAAACACAUCCGUGUUCACACGGGUGAAAAACCCUACGCCUGCCUCAAGUGUGGCAAGAGGUUCAGUCAGUCCAGCCAUCUGUAUAAACACUCGAAGACGACCUGCCUGCGCUGGCAGAGCAGCAACCUUCCCAGCACUUUGCUCUGACCUCGACCUCUCGAGAUAAGGCCGACGCCAGGGCUGGGACCAAAACUGAAAUCUCUCUCGGUUGGUAUUAAUGCCGUUGAGGUUGAGGCUGCCCAGUGGCUCUCUGCAGAUUCCGUUGAUACUAAGUGGAGAGCUAGUGUGCGUAGCGCUCGUGCUGCUGCGUUUCUGAGUGACGUGCACGCUUUCAGAGGGGAGUGCCAUCCCUGAUGUCAGGUUCUUCCCUAGGGUUGCGUAUGCAGUCAGAAAGUAGUUUGCAAUUGAUGUUGUUAAAAGUGGCACAUUUAAAAAUUAAAAAUUGAAGUGCAAAAAAAUUUUUUAGCAGUUUUUGUAAAACUUUGUGAAGCAUUUAAUUAAAUUUCCUAUACCCUCUGAUGGAAAUAUUAUAUACAUGUACAGUGAUGCAAAACACACUUAUGUGUAACCAGUGGCAACUUUAUGCCUAAGAGGAAGGCUCUUGAGGACACGCCUGUCUGCCACAAAUGCUUUAAAGUCUAUCAUGAGCUAGUCUUAGGCCUCAGAAAGUACUGUAUUUUUUUAUUUUUGUCUGAUUUGCAGUCACAGACACUGCACUUUGAUGGUGCUGACACUGGGUCCAGAGUGAGCAUUCUCUGGGCUGUUAGGUGUAUAUACUUUUGAAAACAUCACUGUUGAAUAGAUGUUUUAACGGUUUUUCUGGUUUUAAAAACAAAGUUGUAAAUGGAGUAUGUUCUUGUAGGGAGUGACAAGUAAGAUAUUGUUUCUGUAUGUGCUAUUUUAGCAGUAUUUUAACCCACUUGGAUUACAAAUGUUACAGUUCCAUGUUUGGAAGUCAGAAAAGAGCUAGUGUUUGUCUUUGUUCUGAUGACGUGGAGUCCUGUUUUGUGGGAUCUUUCAUGGUGCACGUUCCCUUUGCUCCAUCCAGACUUCGGGGGCCAGUCCAGACUGACCCGUCUCACCCAGUGAUAGGCCCGUUCUGUGCUUCCUCUCUUCACUCUUGUGCCCCAUAUGCUGUCUUUUCCAGGCCUAGAUGACUGUUUUCAGUUAUAAACUAACCAAAAAUGAUGUCAGCCUGCCCUCCACCAUAUAUACUAGAGUUUAAAAGUAGAGACCCUGCACUUUUGUUGUUGCCCCAACCCAAUACUGAAGGUUUGAAAUUGUUUGAAAGCCAAACAUGGCAGUGUUCGCGGGUCAACAUUUUCCAGACUCUCUAAGAGGGCUGGACAGCCCAGAACACAGAAGUCACCAAGUAGCAUCUGAGACUGUUCCAGGAGACACAUGGGUCACAGCCCAGGGCUCUUUAGGCCCCACUGCCUCACUUCCGCAGCCCCACCUGCCUUGUCGUCUUCUGACCCUGUGCCAUCAGGGCUGUUGGUGGCACUUGUGUUAGACUGAGCCCUGGCUCAUAUGCUUCCAGGGAACAGCACAGGUUCAUGUGUCUCUGUGGAGCUCAUGUAGUCAGUUUAAUUCAUACAUGAACACGAGUUCAUUUUUUAUACAGCUUAGAGACACCAAACCAUUGUGCAUAAUUGAGAGAAAUCCUUCAGUUCUUGUGUUUAGAAAGCUAGGAAUGUGUAGCCUAAAAUAAAAGUUAGCGUGUGUUUUCUCGUAAUCUACUGUGUGCAGUUACACAUCUGUCUGUGGAUAAACUCAUAAUGUUCAUAGUUGGGUUUAGCAUCUCCUGUGAACUGCUUCCCAGGGAGGAGAGCCAAAAGGGAAACCUCUGUGAUUCCUCUCCUUCCCAGCAGACGUGGGAGACUGUCGGAGGGGAUGGGGUCACCUGGGAAGCUGAGCUGCGUGCAGCUCGUCAGCAGUCAUGUUCUGACUUGGACGCGAGGAGGCUCAACAACCAACCCUCUCCGUGAUGUGGUGACAGUGUCUUGUGAGGAGAUUAACCACGGACAACAAGAGAGGCCCUGCCUGGGCCCAGGGCGAGGAACCAGUGACACCAAGAAGAGAGUGGCGGCCCUGCUUCCCUUCCGUCUUGAGGAGGGUGCCAGGAGGCUGCCCCUCACCUCAGUCGGGCGUAAGUGGACUUUGCUUCGGGGCCUGUCUCUGACACAGCGGCUGGAGCCCUGCCUCUCCACUGCUGGAUGGAAUCUGGAAUCUCAUCUACCUCUGUAGGCAAUCAGUUUCUGCGUGUGGGAAGCAAGCUCGCGGGCCAGAGUCCUCAUACAUGCUGUAGCACUUAAAAAAUAAUCCAGAGGUUCCCUGGAAAACCAGUCCCAGGGUUCCUAUGAUCCCUAGUUUUCUACCUGAAUUAUAACUGGUAUUGGGUACCUGGAUAUUGAUUGGUUAGCCUUAAUUAUAGCCUGGCAGCAUCAUUUCUGGUGAUCAAAUCAUAAAGUUCUAUCAGGGCACCCAUGUCGGUGGUGCUAUGCUGGUCAAAAUUUGAGAUUUUGAAAUAAAAAAUUUGUCACAUA